AUGUCAAGACUGAACUCCCCCCCCCCCCCCUACCUGGUCGUUUCUCUUCUUCGUGGUGUGGCUACUGGACCAAAAACAACUAACAAAGAAAGAAAGAAAGGGAGAAGGGGAGAAGGGGUAUCACUGGACGCCGAAACCCGCAAAUUGACUGGUGGUUGUUGUGGUGAAAGCAAAAAGCAGAAUAUGUCGGGUUCCCUUCUGCAAAAGAAGGAAUCCAAAGCACCGACCACACGAUUGUUGAAGAGUAAGAAACCGUCCAAGGAGCCCCUGAAGACAGAAACAGCCGUAUCAAAGGCGGAGCCGUCUAAAAAGCCGACGGUGACUUUAAAGACAUCUAAACUUGCGCCCGCCGAUUCAUUGGCGAAACAAAAAAUGGCUUUGCAUCAUUUAGAGAAAACCGGUAGGUUAUCGUCUCAUUUAACAGCAUCGAAAGGAAAGAACGAUGGGAAGCUUUCCUCUCCUGCAUUGUCUGCACCCGAGACGAUAUCGACCGCACCGCCUCCCUUGUUGGCCCCCACACACUCAGAGACAUCCUCUGAGGAAUCAUUACAUUUGGAUACUUAUGAUGGCUCACUUACUCCCGUUGAGACACCCAGAGAAAUGCGCCAUCCAUAUGAUAAGAAUACAUUUGGGCGAGAGAAAGGAAAUUCUACACAUGCAGAACCUUCCGUGGUGGAAAAGAAAUCAUGCGAGAAGGAUGUUUCUUUCAAGCUGCAUGCAUCUACUCAACCACCAUCGGUCACCCUGGUAGAAGAAACAAAACGGCAGACUGUGGAAGCGGGAGGACAAAAUAAAGGGUUUUUUGACAAGGAAAGUAUCAUUCAGCAACUGGUUAAUGCUGAGGAACGCAAUGGACAACUUAUGGCGGAAGUGGCGCGGCUUCAACGUGCAUUGGAUGCGGAUGGAAACGCAAAGUUUGUUCAACACGCAUUAUUAACAGAAAGUGAGGUGGAGAAACUAAAACAGGAGCUUCUGCGUGAGCGAUCAUCUACAAGGCAUCAUCGCGAAGCUCAUAUGGAGGCAUUGAUAGAACUUGGUAAGCUGAAGGAAGCGGUGGAUCGAUAUGGAGACCGUGCCUCGCUGCUCAGACGCAACGCUGAGCUAGAAGCCAGAAUAGAUGAAAUGGCAAAGAAGACGGUCACACAGGACCUUAUUAUGGCAAAACUACGCGAAGAAACGGCGCUGUUGGAAACACGGCACGGCAAUUCCUCUUGUGGCUCCGAGUAUGUGACGGUGCGUCAUGCCAGUCUUUGUGGCCUCUGCCGCGAGAGGCUGGGGGCCGAUGCGGGUCGUCGUGUGGCACGCGACCGUCUGGCCCAGCUGGCGGCACUGGAGCCACUGGGCGUUGUUCCACCGCCUCUCUCGGAGUCUUGGCCGCCUGAGGUGACGCGACGACUGCAGGAGCCACGCGAGAAGGCUCCGUCCACUCCUGUUCCGCCACCAUCCGGGGAUGCGGCUUCUUUAUGGCGCGAUGCUGGAGUUGAUGCACAGCCGCAGCACGUCAGCAAGGAGGGCAUCGGAAGUUCUUCGGCGGCGUCAAAAGGGCCUUGUGGGGCAGCCAAUAUAUGGAGGGAGCUCCCUGCCAUGGACGGGCGAGCACUGUACUACAAUAUCGUCACCAACGCGACCACAUUUGAGCCCCCAGCAUUGAUGGAUCCUGCGAGUGGAGAGAGAAAGGGCGAUGAAAACAAAGGUUUUGCCACGAUUGAAGGGAAAUAA